AUGGAGAGUUCUUUAUACAUAAGUGAAGGAACGCUGGUUUCAGAAUUUUCAUCAGAAAGUGGUACACAUUUGCCUACUCUCAGUGUCAGAUGUGGUCAUGAGAAUUCACCAGAGGCAGAAGAAUCUGUUGUAGAAAGCAAAGUAUCUGCACAUGAAAGUAAGAGCACUGAUAGUCCUGCAAGUUUUUUGAAAACAGUUAGAGAACCAUCUGUUGAAUCCAGUGAAAAAAGUGGAAAAGAAUUUAACACUACUAGUCGCAGUGGUAAUGAAGAGGAUUCUGUAGAAACACCAGACAAUGAAAAGGAUCUGGUAUUGAAUGGAAAAGAUUGUGAAAAGGCUAUUAGCUCUGAUAACAAACAUUUGGUGGUUGAGGGAAGAGGUGUCAAGAGAGUGUAUACUCCUGAUAAUGAAGACCAGCCAGUAUUAGAUAGAGAUUAUGAAGGUGUCGUUAUCUUCGACAAUGGAAAAAAACUUUUGCUGGAUGAGACAGAGAAUGAACAAGCAUCUAUCCUUGAUGAUGGAAAACAGCAAAUCCUGGAUGGGAGAGAUGAGGAAGCAGCUUCUACGCCUGAACUUGCUUUUGAAAAUAUGCCUACAACAGAUACUGAACAAGAUACUAAAAAUAUAAGUACCAAUAACAGUUAUACCAUUUUUUCUGAAAGUGCCAGAGAGAGCAUCAAAAUGCCAAAACCACAGCUUGAUGAGGCGCCAUUAUUGGAAAGCAAACAUGAGCAAAGGACUGCAGAUCUUAGAGCUGCCGAAGAAGUUUCACCUUGUACAUAUGAAGAAAAAGAUAGUCAGAUAGAUAAUCUUGAAAAUUCCGAAUGUCAAAAAAUAAAAAAGAAAUAUAAAAAAAGGAACCCAUCUAUAAACAGAGCAACCCAGACUGCUAUCCAGUUACUGGAUUCGAGUGAAUUUAGUAAUUACUCCCCAGAUCUAGUCACAAUGCAAGUCGAGGUUGGUUUUAUGUCUGUGGAUGCACUUCAGGAUCUUGACCCUUCCCUUGAUGAUUGGCCAGUCUUGCUUGUAUCCCAGCUGAGGUUGCGAGACAGCAUUAUCAAUACCCUCAAUGCAAAGCUGUUAGACCUCCUCUCAAAGGGCCGUAGGAUAGAGCAAGAUGCUGACUAUCUUAGGCUAAAGAUUGUAGACCUCAAGCAGCAAGUGAGGAAGAGUAGGCAAAACAAGAGAGACCAAAAUUGUCAAACCACAGAUGAAGACUUUGCUAAUGCUUGGAAUAAGUGGUAUUGUGGAUCUUGGCAUCAGUAUUAUGGUGAGAGUGAUCCCUCCAGCACUCAUUACUGGCCCGGACAUUAUGCUCAACUGACAACAGUCUCUUCUAUACCACAAGUCAAUCCUACAGGGAAUGAGGAGGAUUCUAUCUCUGGCAAAAAUUGUACGAGUACUUUGAAAAGUAAUGAACAGAGCAGCCUGAGCCACCAGGAAGAUAAAAGAGCGGAUCAUGAUGCUCAGACAUCACUGGACAGUCAGGGGAGUCAGCAUGACACUACGAGAUCUGAUAUUCAAGCACAAAGCUUAGGUGAGACGGCUGAAGCUAAUGAAGAAUGUGAUCAAAAGUGGACCAAGGAGACAAGAUCAAAGGAAGAUGAAUUAAGUAAGUCUCAAGAAGAAUCACAAUGGCAUGUUCAACAACCAGUGAAGAAAGUGAACGAUAUUGAGUGUGCAACAACCUCCUCUGCUCUUAGUUUCUCAGACAAAGUAACAGAAAAUUCAGAAAAAAUGGUAAGUACCACAUGUAAAAAUUACGAACAAAAUAUGUUAAGCAACGGAAAAAAGAGCAAACUUGAUCACCACCCCCCUGAAAUGACAGAGGAAAGUGAAAAUAAGAAAAUUAAAACUUCGAGUGAAGGUUAUGGGUGGGAUCCAUCGGGAAAACUGAGCGUCACGGAUCAGGUGAAGGCCGUAGCUACAGAGGCUGUAUAUGGCAGUGGUUAUGUGUUUCAAGAGGACCUGGGACUUUAUUUUGAUUACACUUCAGGAUACUACUAUAAUGCUGAGAAUGGUCUGUACUAUGAUGGAAAGACAGGCACAUACUUCUACUAUGACCAUACCAAACAGGCCUAUGAGUUUUACUCUCAGGUUGCAACGAAGAACCAAGGCAAAAGAAAGCUAAAGAAAGAUGAGGGUGAUGAGGAGACUCAGCAGGAAAAAAAGAAAAAGCUAACUAACUUGAAGGCCAUUAAUGUGGCAGAAAAAGAGGAAGGAGAAUGUUCAGACACAGACGAAGAAGACAAUAAGGAUGAAGUAGCAGUAGGCAGUGAGGAAGAAAUAGAAGUAAUUAAAGAAAUCGGUGAAGACACUGGGAUGUCUGAAGACUCGAAUGAAAAUGAAGAGGAAGAAGUUCAUAUACCGCCAUCAUUACGGUUAAUGGUGACAGAGAGCGAUAGUGGGAGAAUCAAGGUGGGAACACUGCACCUAAUCACACUGAAUGGUGGAACAGUAGGCCGAGAGUCUCGGAAUUUGGUUCAGCUUCCAGACCUCACCAUCAGUAAGGUUCAUGCAGAAAUCAGCUACAAAUCAGAUGGCCCUGACGAUCAUCAUUAUUUUAUAAAAGAUCUAGGAAGUAAUAAUGGUACUUUUGUCAAUGGAGUACGUCUUAGUGAGGCGAGGGAGACCAGCCAAGAGGUGGAAAUUGGCCAUGGUUGGCAGUUGCAGUUUGGUGCUGUGAAACUCAAGUGUCACGUACACCCAAAAAGACUAACUUGUAAUGAGUGUGAACCAGGCCUAGUUCUCUCGAACAUUUCAUCACAGAUGAAGUCAGUGGUAGGAGGAUCUGUAACUUCCUUCAAGGAUGCCAAAUCACGGGAAAAGGCCAGGAAGAAACAGUUGAAAGCUCUGCGGAAAAAGUACGCUGUUACUGCUCAAGGUGAAUUGCCUUCCACCGACGGCCAGUACACUGAUCGUUCCUUGAAGCGCUUGAAAGAAGUUGGCUCUGAUAAUCCUUACGAAAAGACAGAAGUAGCAUCAACUGACACAGCAUUGAGAGACAACAACAAAGGCUACACAAUACUGCAGAAAAUGGGAUGGUCUGAAGGCCAAGCUCUUGGAAAAUCCAAGGGUGGUAUUACAGAACCAGUAAGUAAUAAUUUAUUAUUUUCUAGUGUAUGUGGAUGUGGUUAG